CGACAACCGUAACGACGUCGACGACGACAUCAAGUCAUACCUUGCACAAAAGAAGUUGACAGACGGUAUAGAGUACAGCAUGUCUUUGGCAAGAAAACGUAAAACGGGUGGAGAAGCUUCCACUUUACCUCAUUCCAUCUCACGAACAACUUCCGAUGAUGAAAAGCGUCGGUUACCCAGACCUAGACCACCACCCACCUCCCAUUCUGAAACCCUCAUCUCACUCUCCACAGCUCUUGCCCUCACCACCUUAGCCUUCGUCGUCCGCUUUUAUCGUAUCGGCCACCCAGAUCAAGUGGUCUUUGAUGAAGUCCACUUUGGUGCUUUUGCCGGACAAUACCUGAGGAGAGAAUAUUAUUUUGACGUUCAUCCGCCCUUCGCUAAACUUCUCAAUGCUCUCGGAGCUUGGUUGGUCGGUUUCAAGGGAGAUUUUGGUUUCGAUAACAUCGGGGAUAGCUAUACCACGGCCAAUGUCCCUUAUGUGGGAAUGAGGAGUUUUUGCGCGGUGAUGGGAAGUGUGACUGUACCUGUGGUUUAUGCCAUUAUGAGGGAGUCCGGGUAUCCAGUUGUGAUAGCAGCUUUCUCAGCGUUAUUGGUUCUGUUUGACAACGGUCAUGUAACGCAAACCCGUCUGAUCCUACUUGACGCCGCUCUCGUCCUCUUCAUGUCACUCUCCUUACUGUGUUACAUCAAGUUUCACCAACAACGUUAUCGCGAGUUUAGCAAAACAUGGUGGUUCUGGCUCAUUUGUACCGGUUUAUCACUUGCUUGUACGUUGGGAUGUAAGAUGGUCGGUGUAUUGACAUUUGCGACUGUCGGAGUUGCCGUCUUAUGGGAUCUAUGGGGAAUUCUAGACAUCAAGAAGAACCCUGAAAUUUCUUACUUCUAUAGACAUUUCGCUUAUCGCGCUCUUGGCCUCAUCUUGAUACCCUUCCUCACAUAUCUGGCUUUCUUCUGGGUUCACUUCAAGAUCCUCAUUUACUCCGGUCCCGGAGACUCAUUCAUGUCGCCCGCAUUCCAGGAGACACUACAGGGUAAUCAACUUUUACUCAACGCCCAAGAGAUCAGAUAUUACGACACGGUGACUCUCAAACAUAAAGAUACCAAACAAUAUCUGCACUCUCAUCUAGAGUCAUAUCCUCUGCGAUAUGAAGAUGGACGUAUAUCAUCUCAGGGUCAACAGGUUACAUGUUACCCUCAUAACGAUACCAAUAAUCACUGGCAAAUCCUUCCAACCAAAGAAAUCCCAGAUUCAGGUCGUGGUCGAGUUGUCCGCCAUAACGAUAUCAUCCAACUUCGUCAUAUCAACUCUGAUACUCUUCUCCUGACUCAUGACGUCGCAUCUCCUCUAAUGCCAACCAAUCAAGAAUUCACGACCGUCGUUCCUGAAGACGAAGAAAGACAUAAUGACACUCUUUUCCAAUUGAAUCUUAUCGACGCUCAUUCUGGUGAACCGUGGCGAUCUCUUUCAGGUCAUUUCAAACUCAUUCAUGUACCUACCAAAGUUCUUUUAUGGACACAUGCCAAAGCAUUACCUGAAUGGGCUUUCGGACAACAAGAAGUGAAUGGGAAUAAGAACAUGCAAGAUCGUACCACAGCUUGGUUCGUCGAGGAUAUCAUCGAAGAUGGUCAAGGAAUGGAUUUCAAGAAUCGAACCGGACACGUAGAACCUAAAGUGGUGAAGAAACGUAAUUUUUUCAAGAAAUUCUUGGAGUUGCAAAUUUUGAUGUUACAACAUAAUGCGGGUUUGACUGCGGAACAUCCUUAUGCUAGUAAUCCUAUCGAAUGGCCUUUCUGUCUUAGUGGAAUCAGUUUCUGGACAGAUGGGGAUACACAACAACAAAUUUAUAUGAUUGGGAAUUUGAUCGGAUGGUGGAUAACCGCGGUAUCGGUCAGCGUUUAUGUUGGUAUCGUGCUGGCGGAACAGUUGGCUAGGAGGAGAGGUAUAGAGCCUUUAGAAGAGGGUAUCCGAAAUCGUCUAUACAGAAACACUGGCUACUUCUUCGGGGCCUGGGCAUUCCAUUACUUCCCUUUCUUCCUCAUGGCUCGUCAGAGAUUCCUUCAUCACUAUCUCCCAGCUCAUCUAGCCGCGUCACUGAUAGCAGGUUCAAUCCUGAAUUUCGUUCUGGUGGAAGAGGUCAAUUACCCGGUAUCCGUCGCUGGAUUAAAGACGAGACUACGACCAGCAGUAAGAGCGAGGAUGAGUAAAGUGGCUUUAGGAGUAGUGGGAGUGUUGGCGUUAGUCACGAUAGGGAUGUUCUUAUGGGAGGCUCCGUUGACUUAUGGAAUUACGAUGACGGGUGAGGAGGUCAACUCUAGAAAGCUUCUGUCAUGGACUCUUCACUUUGAGGGGAAGAAGACUCAUUCAGUGGAUGAAUAGCUGCUCAGUGAUACAUAUAGCAUCAUCUGCAUGUCAAUUACUCCU